UUAAAAAUUUGCUAUUUUAUGUAUUAAUUUUUAAUAGUACUCUAUUCACAUUUUUGGUUAAGUUUUCGAUCGAUCGAUUAUGGUAUUUCAUUGCAAACAGUUACGUCUUUCAUUGUAAACUAUUAUAAACAGUCCUAACAUUUUUACAUUAUUCUAUUCAUUCUUGAAUUUAGUGAAUGUGCUUUAUGAGAUGAUAACGAAUUUGUAAUUUGCUUGACAUUUCUUUUAAAUUUAAAAAAAAAAAAAAAAAAAAAAAGAAAGACACCAUGGCUGAUUCAUCUUACGAAAAAGGAUUGACUGAACUUUCGAAAAUGAAGGUUGCGAAUUUGAAAGUAGAAUUAAAACAAAGAGGUCUUCCUACAACAGGAAACAAAAACGAACUGGUUGAAAGGCUUCAAUUAGCGAUACAUGGUGAUUCUGCAUUAUCUUUGGAUGAAACAGCAGAGGAAAUAUUAGAUGAAGAUGCAGUUCUCGGUGAUGAAGAAAUAGAAGAAUUAUCAAGUAAACCAGAUUCACAGGAGAUCAAUGAGAAAAGAAAGUUGUCAGUAGAAAGUAAUGUGAGUAAUACAAAAAAAAUAGUUUUAAAUCGUAAACCUGUGAUUGAAGAUGUUAAGAUGGAUGAAGUAGAGAAACAUGACAAUGACACAAAAUCUUCAGAAAAUGCAUCUCCUGAGAAAAAAAUUAUAAAAUUAUCAGAGCUUGGUACCAAGGAGAGAUUAGAAAUGAGAGCAAAAAAGUUUGGAUUACCAUUAUCAGAAGCAGCAAAGAAGGAAGCUCGAUCAGCAAGAUUUAGUAUUAAUAAUCAAAAUAACAAAUCAGCUGCAUCUGUGAAAACUCCCAUACACACAACUUACGAGGUCUUAAAGAAACGUGCAGAAAGAUUUGGAAUGUCAGUUUCUAGUGUAAUGGAUAAGGCUGAAUUGGAAGCACGAAUAGAGAAGAGAAAAGCUAGAUUCGGAGAAGUGAAACCAAUCGAGAAAGUAUUUCCUAAUAAAGUUAAAAUUGUUAAAUGAUAUUCGUUAUUGUAUACUAAGAAAGUAAUUUAGAUUACAACAUAUCUUGUUUUUUUCAAUAAAAUAAUAAUAUACUAUAAA